AAGGUCAUUCUGUUUUUCUUCUACCCAUUCUUUUCACCAUGGCUCGUCGACACAACAUCUUUCUUUUCCUUUGCAUUUUGCCGUUUGCUAACGCGCUCUACAAGCAAUGGAUUCCAGACACCAAUUAUGAUAAUGCUACCAACUGGGAUAAAGGCUCUGUGCCCUGCGGUAAUGACCAAGUGGUGUUUUCAGCUCAGCAGAAAGUAUCAGUGUAUGUAGAAACGGCUCACACUAUCACUGGAAUGAGCUUGCCAGUGGAUGGAGAACUGAUUCUGGCAUCUGGUGCUGGGUUUACUGUAAGAGAAGGUGGAGAUCCUGGUUGUGGAUCUGGGGUCACAGCAAACUUUAAAGACUCUGAAUCUCUGAAAUGGUUCGACCCAUCGCUGUGGGUGGCUGCGACCACUAUCGACGACCUGCACAGCGGUACAUAUCAGUUUUCAGUCCACGAGGAGAGUGUCCCGUGCCAGUAUGACGACGUGGUAUUUCGAGAGACUACCUCAUUCCGUGUGGACGUUUCAUCUGGUCAAGACGUGCCUGUGAAGAGUGUGUCUGUACUUGGGAAAAAGUUCACCAGCAACUCUGAGUUUUCUCAGUACCUGUCAUCUAAUUCUGGCAAGCUGCAGUUCCAUGGCUCCUCAUCCCUUAGAGUUGGUGGUUCAGGCUGUGAUGAUACCACGGGAUGCAUCUGUGAUAACUCUGGAAAUCGAGACAAGAUCUGUUCAAAUGUGAAAUGCGAUCCGUUGGAGUGCAAGAAACCCCUGCACCCGGUGGGACACUGCUGCAAUGUUUGCGGUGCCAUCGUGAACGUUCAGUUCUCUUCGAAGUUCAACUUCGAGUCGUAUCGUCAACGGCUGGAGCACCUCUUUCUCAUCCAGCACAAAUAUGAAUCUAUACAGAUGGCCUUGUCGAAAGUGUCAAAAGAGCAGAGGCUGCUGCGAGUGAUUCCUUUCGGAACCACUCAGGAGAUUCAGGUGUUGCUUCUGGACCAGAAAACAGGUCAGGAAGCCGGAAAGCUGGCUGAAGCUCUCGCUCGUGACGUGAUGCAGGAUGUGCACAACCAGGGCUUGAACAUCGGCAUCACCAGUGCAGAGUUCGAGGCGUCAUCAGGGGCGAGCAGCAGCGAAGCGGCUGGAAACAAUACAGGGGUAGUGGUGGGUGCAGUGCUGGGCUCCCUGCUUGGAGUGGGUUUACUUGCAGUUGUUGUUAUGCUUUACCAUCGUGGCAUUGUUAGGUUACCCAAAAUGCCUAGCAUCCCCUCAUUCAGCAAAUGGAAGAACAGUAGUGACAUUGGGGAGCUUGGUGGCCCCUUGGACCAUGGCUUUGACAACCCCAUUUUUGACAAACCGAAUAUGAUGCCUGAGGAACCAGGACUGUAUGGGACAGAGAUGGUGAACUCGAUAACUCUAACUCAGUCUGGAGUGCAUUUCGUAAAUCCUGCUUAUGACGAAACUGAUUUUAAUGCAUGAAAGGUUUAGUAUAAGCUAAUGUGAUGGGGGAUGUGAUGAUAUAAAUAAAAAUGCCUUAAGGUUAACAGCAUAAACAUCCUUGAUGAAUUAAUCACAAAAUGACAUUAAUUGAAAAAUUGCUGAGUUUCAUAUCACAUAAUCAUAUUCCUCCUAAUAAAACAUUAAAAGCAUGGUUAUCUGAGAUUUUGGAUAUGUUAUUUUUGCACUGCUCUUUUUAAUUCAGAGUUUAAAUUCAAUGAGUUUAACACAAACACGCAUCUGAUGAAUAAAUAAAUAAUACUACGUGCAAUUGUCAGUCUUCCCCACAUGAAGUUUGUUGUCAAAAUAUUCAGCUUUCAGAUAUCAAAGAAAUCUCUCCACGGUGACAAACAAGUACAGUAAUUAAACGUCAGAUUUGAAGGUUACAACUUCAAAGAGUAACGCUGGAUUCUUGGCGUCUUGUUAGAUAACAAGACUAACUCUGCUCACAACAAAGCCUUUAGGUUACACUUUAUUUUAAUAGUCCACUUUUGACAUUCUACUAACUAUAAGUAACUUUGCAACUACAUGUCAAUUCAUUCUGAUUAAUUUGCAACUACAUGUCUACUAACUCUCAGAGCAGACUUUAGGUUACGUUUAGGGUUAGUAAAAUAUGUUGACAUAUACUUGCAAAGUUUAGAAGAGUAUUAGAAGACAUUAAGCAGAGAGUCUACUAAUACUCUAAUGACUAGUUUUCAUGCAGUUGCAAAGUUACUUUCUGUUAGUAGAAUGUCUAUCAAAAAUAAAGUGUUACCAUCCUUUAUUAUUCACACUUUAUUGUUCAACAGUCAAAAAACUGUUUGUGCUUCUUGAGUUAUUAAACGUCUAGAUUUUUGUGAUUUUGGCUUUUUGAGUGGUUCCUGGUC